AUGAUAACGGGCUAUACAAAGAUGAAUAUGAUGAUAGUGACACUACUGUGGUUGGUAUCAUCAGGGUCAAAAUUGAUCAAGUAAAAGAAGUUGUUUUAUCGGACGGACUGUCCGGUAUGGGUGUUCGCGUCUUUAAAGUUAAUUCACAGGGAGCUGCCAACAACGAGAUGCCUGCAUACACAGCCAGCUACGUCUGUGGAGUACAUUGCGUCCCAGUACACAAUGCAAAGGGCCAGCUCAUUUUCGACAUUUUCGAUAAAAAUUUGACUGCUGGAUCUUUUUCAUUACCGUUGGGUGAGUUGAUGACGCGCAAUGCAGAUGGACUAUAUAAUAGGAAACAACUCUUGGAAAAAAGUGAACAGAUCAAUAUUCCAGGAGGGGUCAAGUGCAUGAUACAGCUUGAAGCUCAAUUUUAUUCCACAAAAUUUGAAAGUAACCGCUUCGAUUUCAGCAAGGACACUGUUGACAUCAAUGACUUGUACCGUCUUAUCGGCAUGACGUUUAACGCCGUUGCUUUCGAUGUCAGCAACAAAUUAGCUCUCUGCUUUAAUUUUGAAUCUGCGUCGGAUCUUUUUCACGCCCUAACAACGCGUAUUAAGACUGACAAGCAGCUAAUGUCCGACCCUUUAAAUGAACCGGAAUCCACCGGAAACGGAGCGCCACCAGAAAAAGCGAACUUUACUUCUAUUUCUCUGCCUGUUUAUUCGCUUGUUCCUCCCAAGACCAAAUCAAAGAGAGUGCAUAAGUUUGAAGCAAACGGUUGUAAUAACAAAGUGAUUUCAUAUACACGUUGUAACGUGCAAGAAAUUAGUUCUGUUGGGAAAUUUAAACCAGAGCCAUGGGUUGCAUCAGGUGUCAGAACAGCGGUCAUGCUGGAUGAUAGAAAUGACCGAGUAUUGUUCAUUGGUAAACACACGAUACAGUUAUGGUCUAACUUUGCAGAAGAAAGUAAAACUCUGCAAUAUAUUUGGUGUAUACCAAUUACAGAACAAAAUCGCAAAAAAGAUCUUAUUGAAGAAUACUUUAUUGAGUGGGCAGAAUUGACGAAACUAUCAGGCGAAGUCUUUAUUAUCGAAUUGAAAGGCAGCGCUGAUACUUAUAAAAUCCGCUUGCCACGUAAGGAUGCUCCUGCCAGUUUCCAAACAGUAAAAGAUGCAUCGUAUGCUCUUGGAAUUUUGAACUUAUUUGAACGUGAAUCAUGGGCGGAUGAAGGCUACCAACAUUAUGAAACGCUUCUUGAUGGCUGCAAAUCGAUCAUCGCCCGUGCCCUUUCGUCUGACAGUAUUGAAUCGACUGACGAAUUAGAGCGCAGGGGCUCUCGGCUUAAAUCAAUUGGUGACGAAUCAGAGCGCAGGGAUUUUCCGCUUAAAGCAAUUGGUGGCACUUUUAUUAACGAUUCAAAAACGGCAUGGAGCGAAAUAUUGCAGGUUUUAAUGCAAUUCAAUUGUGAACGAACCAAUACUUUGACUAAGGAAUUGUUGAUGAAGAAAAAAAUUACUCUGACACUUGAUGAUUUUGAGGAAGAGAAACGUAUGUCAGAUCUUUCUUGCGCUAUAUCGUUGGGUAGAACCGAUAUUGUCCGUUUAUUAUUACUUUACUACUGCGAGAGAGCAACAUCGGUGAAUAAGAAAUCGGAGACUAACCCUGACUUCGAGAAUAAUCUGCGAAUUGUUGUUCCUGAAUUCGGUCGACUGUGUGAAAAACACCCUGACAUUGCUCUAGAAUUG